AUGGCCAUCAACAUCGCUGAUUACAUCCGCAAUGUCCCCGACUUUCCCGUCGCCGGUGUACAGUUCAAGGAUAUUACGUCCCUGCUGUUGUCCCCGGCUGCCUUUAGCGAUACCAUCGACCGGAUGGUGGCCCACGCUGGGGCCAGCAAACCCGACUGUCUGGCCGCCAUCGACUCCCGCGGGUUUCUGUUUGCGGCUCCCAUGGCGGUCCGGAUGCAGCUUCCGCUGUUGCUUAUUCGCAAAGCCGGCAAACUGCCCGGCGAAACGCUGGAAUUUGAUUACAGUCUGGAGUACGGCAACAGCACCCUGGAGAUACACGCCGGCGACAUCACUCCGGGACACCGGGUGUUGAUCAUCGACGAUCUGCUCGCCACCGGCGGCAGCCUGAAUGCCGCGGUCAGCCUCAUUGAAAAGGCUGGCGGGAUCACUGCUUCCAUCGGCGUGGUUAUCGAACUGAUCGGAUUGGGCGGGCGAGAUGCCCUCUCCGGAUAUCACCUUUUCUCAUUGGUAUCCUUCGAGGUCGAUGAGUAG